AUGCUGGCUGGAAGCGAUGGUGAGCGAUUGAUGGUGGAGGAAAAGGUGAACCCAACUCCCACGCCAUGGCGCCAGCGACGCCUCCAGAUUGUGUUGGGAGCAUGUGCAGUAGCGUUCGUUUCCAAUGCCAAUGCGGGCGAUAGCACGCAGGAAGAUGAUAUCCGCAACAUCCUGUCGGGAAGGAUCGUCGUGAAGGAGCUCGCUCAAGCACACGCCAAGACAACCAAGCUUGGAUUGCUAGGAGAAGGACAAGAGAAGGACCUCAGCCGGGCCAUUGCUACUGCUUUUGCUACUUUUGCCAAGAGCUCAAACGAAACUGUUAAGUCCCAGAUUUCUGAAUUUGAUCCCAAGGCCGAGGAAGACAAGGUCAAGGCCAACUUGGAUGAGAUCAAGGAAAUCUACGCUGAGACUGGAGAGGAAGCGAAAAUGCUUGCAAAGUGGAUGAAACCAGACAAGGCUGGAAAAUAG